AUGGCUUUCUCCCUCCAGGAGGCACUCGAACAGAUCCGCAGCGACAAGGUCAAGGAUCGUCAACAAGGACUCGAAGCCAUCGACCACAUCUUUGCCGACGCCGAGAAUGCGCGCAACCUCGACCCGAAGCGCGACGGCCGAGCGUGGCUCAAGACCUUCCAGUCGCUCUUCGUCUGCGUCCUCGCAGAAAAGACAGCAUGCAUACGCAAGGGAUCCUUUGUCGAUGCACAGCCCACCGCACUUGCACGGCUCCAACGCUCCGCCCAGACGCUUCGCUCCCUCGUCGACAAGUCUGCCUCGCUGCUCACUCGCAAAGUGGUCAAGGCGCUCGUCAUCCACAUCCACCAGAUGCUCAAUCACCGCGGCACUCUCCUCCAGCCCAUCGCACCUGCCUACAUCGCCGCCCUCUGCACCAUCCUUCGACAUCCGCAUCACGUCGACCACCUCGACCCCGAAGAUUGGUCCGCUGUGGCUUCACUGUGCUUCGACAUUCUGCUCACACGCGAGCUCGGCUCUGACCCUACCACUCCUGCAGAUGCGCAACAGUGGCUCGCAUCCGCCCCGUCUGCCCAACAACCUCCUCUGCAACGGCGCGGCCUCAGCCUCGAGCAUGCUGUCACGGCAGAGUGCCUGAGCCACCUCAUAUCCAGCAGUGUCGCACCUCUCCUCGGCGCACAAGGCUACGGCUUGCCGCUUCUCGCCGACUACGUGCGUUUCCUGCUUGCCUAUCCAUCCGAGUCGUCCGCCCACCUUCCCACCCUCACCGGCCUCGUCGUCUUGCUCGAGCAUCUCGAACUCAAUCAUACCUCCCAAGUCGUCCUGGCCACCCUCGCCGUGCGCAAUAUCCUCCUCAAUCUCUGGAAGACCAAAAAUCAGCUUCUCAAGGCACAGCUUCUCCUCGUCUUCCGCAUGGUCACCGACCCCAUCGCCUCCUGCGCACUCGCACGUCCAGACGCCGCAUCAUCACAACAUCACGCAUUGCCAUCCGACGACGCCAUCGCCUUUUUGCAAGCUAUCCACGAUACGCUCCUCAACGAUCCAGACAGUCGCUGGGCCCUCGAGCCGCUCCACAUGGACGCCCUUCUUCUUCGCUGGCCUCAACACCCACAGCCCGUUCAUCGCGACAUCGCCGUGAUCAAUGCCGCUUUCAGCCUCAGCCCCACAUCUUCCGACAGAGAUGCACUCGCAUGGUGCCGAAUCGGCCUCCACGUCGACCUCAUCGACGCUCUCACCACAAUAGCACGUCAGCCCAUCGACCGUUCCGAUCGCCCUGCCACAUCCAAUCUCGACGAACACGCUGCCGGCCCUUCUACCCAGGCCUCCUCCUCGCCCGCCAAGCGCAGACGCACGACUCCUACCUCCAGCCCGCAAAAGCGAUCCAGGCUCAGUUCACACCAGCCAACCGGACUGUCAUCGGAAGCCCAGGGUCUCCUUCCUCUCAUAGGCAUGCUCUCACAUACUGAUGCCUCGGCGCCAUCCAGUCCAGCUGCGCGUCUAUCUGCCGUGCAGCUUCUCACCUUCCUCGUGCUCUGCAAGCCACAUCUCCUCACUCCCAUCGCCAUCGACCACCUCCAAAAAUGCUUGCUCGCCGUGAUAGCCGAUACGGACACCGCCACGGUCUCUUGGAGCUUGCUCGCAUUGGCCUCUAUCCUGCUCAUGCACUCGGACAAUGCCGACGAUGCCUCGAGACUGUCCUCUGCCACCCAAGCCUGGGUCAUCGCAGCGCGCAAGCUACAGCUGCCAGCCACCUCUCGCGCUGCCGCCUACCUGCUCAGUGUCCUGCUCGCAAGCUCCGCGCUACCAGAUUCCAAGCUUCAGCCAGAGAUCGCUCGCUUGCUCGCCGAUGUCGACCUGCAAGGCCCGCCGAUGGUCUGUGAUAGCGUCUGCCAUCUCAUGGCACUCCUUUUGCGUCACACCACCUCGAACCGCGCCUUUCAUCUGCUCGACCCCAGAGCCAAAAUCGGUGCAUGGCUCGCCAGCACCUACUCCCCAGCAGCAACAAUAUCAUCCUCGGCAUCCAACGGUCCUUUUGUCCCCUAUGACGAUCUCAUCCGCCUCGUCGAUUGCAUCGUUGCAGAGAGCCAUCCGCAAUCCUCGUCACGAGCUCCUCUGGACGCCUUCGGCUCCAAUCCUGGCGCCGCUUUCGCUUCGGCACAACGGCGCGCAAGGCUGCAGCCACUGCGCAACCUUGUCCUUCGUUCCACCAUCGCACUUGCAAGUCUUGCGGAUACCACGCUCCAAACCGAGGUGACAGCGGCCAACCCUGCCCUCAUGUCUGCCGAGGCUCUGCAUCGAAUGACCGUCGUGCUGGACAGGAAUGUCGACGCCUGCCUCACUGCCUUGCAAGAUUUGACUGCCGAUACAAAUGGCGCAGCAUCCUUGACAGGCCAUGCAGCCAUCACAGCGCUGCAUCUGGCCAUCUUGGCGCUCGACGUUGGCACGAAAUCCACAAGUCAAUCCGGCUCCCAUCGCACGUCCAGCAUUCGAAGCUGCUGCCAGAUCAUCGUCAGGAUCCUCGCUAUUGCAUCCAGCGUGGAUGCCGUGCGCAGCGGUGGUUACGCUCUCGCAAUCGAGCAGCUCACGCUCCUGUUGCCAGCAGCUUCCGCAAUCUCGGAUAGCUCGACAAAGACUAAUCUACUCGUCGAUUUCGGUCCCAGCAGCGGGAUAGCGGCCCGUCUGCUCGCCAAAGAGCAGCCAGAACAACCUCGAUCCGGACUUCCUGCCCUUGACGAAUCAUCGCGACGCAUUUGGAAGGCCAUCCGCGAUGCGAACAUGCUGGAUACCGUGCUCGCGAGCUGUGCCAAGCUGUUUGAGACCACGCUCUUUGGCGACGACGAAGCCGAGGCCGAACCGUCGUCCCAAGUCGCUGUCGGCUCUGGGGAUGUCUUUGACGACGUGCCGGAAAGCAGUUCCUCCACCUUCGUAAAUGCCACAGCAGCAGCCCACCUCGGCUCAUCCGCUUCCAUCGAGGUGGUCAUCCGCUCGACCGUGCGCCUGCUCUUGGCCGUGCCGCGUAUCGUGACCGGUGCAGCCGAUGCGCGUCACCAGGAGCUCGUGGUGUCGUCCUUCUUCGAUUGCUCGGUCCAGGGCAUCGUCGCGCUCGCGCCCGUGCUCUUCGACUCGUUCCGCGACGGCACGCUCUGGAUGAGCCAUCGCGACGUCAAUGACGCUUUGGACCGCCUCGGCACCGAGCUGCUCGCCUCGUAUCGCUUUGCGCGCCAUCAAGCCGCAAGGCUUGCCACCAUCCGCGCCGUCUCUUGCGUCAUGCCUCUGCUGCUUGGCGAACUCGACGAGCAAUCCGACCUCUUCGACAAAGUGCAGAAGCUCUCGGCUUUCUUUGCAGACCAGAUCGGCCGUACAAAGUGGCCAACGCCGUGGGAGGUGCAGCUGGCCUGUGCCGACUUCCUCGCCGAGCGUCUGCGUCUCGAUCCCGACGGACGUCUUCUUCGGUCCGGUACCGCUCGAGCCCCAAGUGCUUCCCCCGUCACCGCGCUACUCAAGCUUCACGCGGAUCCAGAUGUACGUGUCCGCGCGCUCGGUUCUCCCAUCGCCACCUCGGUCGUCUCGACAUUUACCGGCUCCCAAGCCGAUCUCGACGAGCUCUACACGAUCUUCCGAGAUGGCCUCCCCAGCGACUCGACUCAGCCACGACUCAUCUUGACCCGGGCACUCAGCCUCUGUAACGCGGCGAUCGCCAGCUCAUCGGUACGAAGAUCCUCGAUCUUUUAUCUUUUGGAGAUUGUCUUGGCCACGGGCAUGCUUUCCAGCACAGUCCAGGAGCUUUUUGCCAAGUUGGCCGCACGCCUUGGCUUUCCAGACGCCUCCAGCUGCUACCAGGCGUUUGCAGGCCAGAUCACAUGGGGCUUGGCUACCAACGGGUACGAUCCGCUCCAGUUGCCUUGGAAGGUUCUCGGCUACGCGAGCAAACGCGUCUGCCUCGAAGCGACUUUUGCAGCCUGCGGAAGCAUGCUUCUGGCAACACAAACGGCCGACGGCCGCACUCAAUUCGGCGCCCUCGUCCAACUCACCCGUCGCAAUCGCCAACAAGGUCUGCAAGAAUGCCUUCCCUUCCUCACUGCUGCCUACAUUGGAUUCGCGGCGCAGGCGGAGCAAGGCACCUCUUCCAACACCGCUGCGAUCUGCGAGCGGACCCUGCGUGAUCUGGCCUCGCUCGGUGUUGUCGAAGGGGACGACGCUGCAGCCUUGCGAGAGAUGAUCGUACAGGCCGACGAUCUGACCAUCUCGACCUUGCUGCUGCUAUUCUACCAACCGGGAGCGACGCUCGCAGAAAGCCGCGCAUCCAUCCUCGAAGCGAUAGCUCCCCUCGAUGACAAGUGCGCCAAGACGGUCGACGCGCUGACACCAACGAAAAACGAUGGCGCUGCGAGCUGCCACGAACCCAGCCGCCCCUUCUUCUCGGCCGCCGUGCUUUACACGGCGCUCGCCGCCUUACCCCAACUUGGAAUCGCCGCUUUCGCCCCCCAGACGGUGUACAACGUGUUGCGCCACAUGUUCUACCACAUCUCCACCUCGCGCUUUGUCAACGACCAGGUGCGCAUGUGUGCAGCGCUGCGGAUUUACAUCGCCAUGUGCGGCGACGCCUUUUGGAAAGAUGCGCUCAACAACCAGCUGCUGAUUCGCAGCAUCGAGCGAUUGCUCGAGCAGCCCCAGCUGCACGACGAAUUCCGCCCGCUACUCGUCUAUGCCUGCACCGCCUCCUGCCUGGCAACCAAAGCGCCUGAAUCACUUGUGUCGUGCAUCGUCGCCUGGUCGCAGCAGCUAGCAGAACGCCUCGUCGCUUCGCCGGCGUCCGGUGCCUGGUUGCUUGAGGCGGCCAACGCCCUAGCACGGUCUUCGCCAGUGGCCACAUCUGCUGUCGUGCUUCUAUGGCCAGUCGAUUUGGCCAACACCGAGCACACUGCCGUCGAGAGCCUCGUCGAUAUCGGCACGCUGACCUACGCUCUCGAGGCUUGCCCGACGCUGUCACCUCGGCUGCCGUCGCUGCUGCGCAUCCGGUCCGUGCUGACCCGGGCCGAAAAGCCUCAGCUGGCUGCAUUCUGCAACGGCCCGGCGUGGAAGCUGCUGGAGCGAGCAGCAGAUGCUUCACGCCAACGAGUCGGUCAGGCCGGGGAUCCUCUCGGCGACGUCAUCAACGACAUCUUUACCGCGAUCGUCGGCGUGCAGGAGGCUGCCUGUCUGCACCGAGAAGCGCGAAGACUCGGUGGCAAAUGGAACGCGCGGGCGGUGGAAGACUUUUUGGAAGCGGCGGACACCAGCCACAUUCGGAGUUUGUCUGCCGCAGCGAUCCUUACCGUCCAUCAACUGGCCCAGGAUCUACCGAUCGAACAGGGCUACCAAGCAUACGAGGCGCUGCGAGAUAUGGCAGCCGUUCUGGACGAGCCACUCGCCGAGGUGCAUCCUGCCAAAAUGUCAGCUGCAGCGAAACAAGAGCUCAGCCGCGUCCGCCCUGGCCUCGGCCCGCCUCUGACUGCGCCUCGCUCCGUAGAUGCACACGAUGUUAUGUUCGCAGAGCUCGUCGACAUUGCAAGCUCGGCAGACAAGUGGCUCUGCCGUAUGGCUGCCAUCCUAUGCGACCUGGUUGCUUCGAUGCCGCAUUUGGCUCUCUUCCGUCCCGCGCGACGCCUGGUAGAGGCGAAUGCAGAAGCGGCCCACGCUCUCUUUCCCAUCUUGCUUCUGUGCUUCACGGCGGACGAUGCGGCACAGGGAUCCUCUGCGAUUGCUACCGAAAACCGGAGACGAAGCGGCGGGAGCGCGACGCCCUCGCGAGCACAGCGGGACCAAGGACUCGCUGCAACGCGUGCAGUCAUCGCGCAGCACUUUGAAGCCGUGCUCGGACGCACCACCUCGGAUCCUGUCUGCAGCGAGAUCAUUGUACAGGCGCUCUUGGCUCUGCGCGCCUUCCGUCCAGUGCAGUCGGAGCCGGAUAACGUCUGCUUCUGGUACCGCGUGGACUCAAGCCUGCUUGCCAGCCGAUGCAUCGCAGCAGGUCAGCUCACCGCGGCCAUCUUUUUCCUCGAGCACGGCAUUCAGAACGCGACUGGAAAGCCAGAGACCACGACGAUCCGCAGCGCCAACCAGUUGCUGCACCAGGCCUACAUGAACAUCGACGACCCGGACGCUUUCUACGGCAUCACGGACGGAGAUGUGCGCGACUCGGUGCUCUUGCGACUGCAUCACGAGGGACAGUGGUUACGGGCGUUCCAGUAUCACGCAGCGGACUACGAAGCUUGCACCAGCGACGGAGAGCGCAGACGAGCCGCAGUCACACUCGGUCAGAGCCUACAACAUCUCGGAUUCCCUCGACUGGUGGAUGGUAUCGGAUUGAAUGUCGGAUUGAAUGACGCCGGGCACGACCGCUUCGCCUCGGCGCCGAAUCUCGGCGGAUCCUCUACAUCUACAUCGUGGGAUCUACCUCUCGCAUCGCAGUCACUGGAAGGCAAGGCACCGAGCGUGGAAGACGUGCUACAUACGCUGCGCCAAGCGAGUGCCGAGCAGGAUGUCGACGCACCUUUGUCGCAUGCCUUCCGAUCGAAGCUGCAAGCGCUAUGCUCGACCUCGGUCGAGAGCGCCAAGGCGCUGCGCAGUCUCCAAGGCGAUCUGCUUGCGCUCGGUCAAAUCAAAGACUGGCGCAGGGCAUCGAGCUCAAUGGGCGCCGAGGAGGCGGUCGCCCAUCUGCGCAGCCAAUGGGUGCGAGUCGAGGCGUCGGAGCGCUUCGAGCUGACCGAGCGUGUUCUCGACACGCGCCAGUCGGUGCUGCAUGCCGUACGGCAGCGGAUGCACGUGGACCAGAUCGGUGAUGUGCUGGAUGGGCCUGUCGAAGAUGUGGCACGAGUGGAGCGUCUGCUUCUGGUGGCUUCGAGUCGCCGCGCCCGCGAGCACGGCAAGCUGCAGAAGGCCAUCAACGCGGUCGCUCGUGCACAGCGGAUCGAGGACGCGCUGGGAGACGGCGAGGAGCUCGCGCGGGAAGAGUUUGCGGCGGUGCUGUGGGAUCAGAACGAACACUCGCCUGCCAUUCAGCUGCUAUCGCAGGUUGUCGAUGGCAUCGGCGUCACACAAAGCUCGUCGUCGUCUCAGAAGCGCCGUGCGGCGCGGCUACUGGCGUUGCUAGCACAGUGGCGUGCCACUGCUCGCUCGCAACAGCCGAGGGAGAUCGACCGCAGUCUGUUCGAGCCGGCAUUGAAGCUGACCGCUGUUCCUGCAGCUUCGAGCUCGAACGGCGAAUCGAGUCCAGCUGCAGCAGAACAGUCCGAGAUAGCAUACAGGUGGGCAAGAUUUGCGGAGCAGCACCAUCGAGACUCGGACCUUGCCGAGAUCACGCGCCUGCGGCUGUACACAGACCGACGCCGCGAGGAGAUCGCACAGAAUCAACGCGAGUGCGAGCGAACGACCUCCAAGACGGAACGAUCCAAGCUGCUUCAGUUCCAGCGCCAGGCCGAAAAGAUCCUGCUGCAGGACGAGACGAGGCUGAUGGAGCUCGAGGCGUCGCGCACGCACUUUCUGCGCCGAAGCGUCGCCAUGUACGCGCGUGCGUUGGCGACGUCGGACGAGCACGACGAUGCGGUGCCACGACUGGUAUCGUUGUGGCUGGAGCACGCGGCGGAUGCGGAGCUCAACCGGCUGCUGUCGACCUGCCUGCCAUCGAUCCCGUCGCACAAGUUUGUGGGGCUGAUGCACCAGCUGUCGGCGCGGCUGACGGAGCUGCCGGAUGCAGCGGACGUCAUGGUGCCGUUCCAGACGAAUCUGUCGCGCCUGCUGCUGCGCAUGUGCCAGGAGCAUCCGUUCCACUGCCUGUACGCCAUCUUUGCGCUGAUCAAGACGGGCGCAGAUGCCAAGGCUGCGGCAACGCAUCGGCCAAGCCCAAGAAGCACGCUGUCGGUGCCCGAGGGUGGCGCCUCACAAUCGGCGUCUCCUCCCGUGCUCCGGUCGACGGCGGCGGAGAAGAUCUGGACGCACAUUAAGCGGCGCUCGUCGCUGGGCAAGCGCAUCCGCACGUUCGAAGAGCUGUGCCUGGCGUACGUGGAGUGGGCCGAGUUUGACCUCACCUCACGGGCGGACCGCUACUUUCAGAACAGCGGUUCGAUCAAGAAAGGAGCGCUGCGGAUGCCGCCGUCGGGCGAGCUGCGCCUGGCGCGUAUGCGGGAUCUGGAUAUACCCGUGGCGACGGCGCGGCUCGAGAUCGAUGCGACGUGCCGGUACGAGAGCUUCGUGUCGAUCGUCCGGUACGGCGAGACGUUUACGACUGCGGGAGGCAUCCAUCUGCCCAAGAUCAGCGAGUGUAUCGGGAGCGAUGGACGGCGGUACAAGCAGCUAUUCAAGCGCGACGACGAUCUGCGGCAGGAUGCGGUGAUGCAGCAGGUGUUUCGCAUGGUCAACGGGCUGCUGGAGGCGGAUCGACGGACGCGGGAGCGGAAGCUGGCGAUUCGGACGUACACGGUGCUGCCGCUGGGGCCUCAGUGCGGCUUGCUCGAGUUUGUGACCAACACGCUGCCGCUGGGCGAGGUGCUGAUCGAGCUGCAUGCGCGGUACCGGCCGCAGGACAUUACGCCGGCGCAGGCGCGUGCCAAGCUGCGGGACGCGCAGCCCAUGCGUGCCGAGGCCAAGCUGGAGGCGUUUCUGGACGUGUGCCAGGCGAUGCAGCCUGCGAUGCGCUACUUUUUCAGCGAUGCGCAGCGGAUGCCGCGCGAUUGGUACGCGACGCGGCUGCGGUAUACGCGGAGCGUGAGCACCAACUCGAUCGUGGGACAUGUGCUCGGACUGGGCGACCGACACGUGUCGAACAUCUUGCUGGACCAGGCGAGCGGGGAGCUGGUGCACAUCGACUUUGGCGUUGCGUUCGACCAAGGCAAGCUGCUGCCGAUUCCGGAGCUGGUGCCGUUCCGACUGACGCGGGAUCUGGUGGACGGCAUGGGGGUUCACGGCGUGGAGGGCACGUUCCGACGGUGCUGCGAGGAGACGCUGCGGGUGCUGCGUGCGCACGGGGAUGCGAUCAAGACGGUGCUCGAGGUGUUUCGUCACGACCCGCUGUUUGCCUGGACGUCGAACCCGAUCAAGGUGCUGCGGGCGCAGGAGGCGGCGGCGGCGGCCGAGGAGGAGAGCGUGGCGGCGAGCAUGGAUCGCUCGGGCUCGACGGCGACGAGAGUGUCGCGCUCGACAACGCCCAUGGUGGCGGUGGGAGACGGGGUGGGCGCCGGGGUGGACACGGCGGAGCUGAGCGCGGAUCGCGCGGUGAGCUCGGUCAUGUCGAAGCUGUCGUCGAGCCUGAGCGUCGAGUCGACGGUCAACGAUCUGAUCCAGCAGGCCAUGGAUGCGGGCAAUCUGUCGGCCAUCUUUCAUGGAUGGCAGGCAGCGCUGUGA